AUGUGGGAUCCAUGUGGACCUAAAAAGUGGGACCUACAGAAACCACCCCUAACAAAGUAUGAAAAAGAGAGAAUUUCACAUUUGAAAGAAAAUCAUCAAAAGCUUGAAUCACUUGGGAUCAGGCCAUUAGUGGCUAGUCUAAAGGCUUCUGCGGGACAGGAUAACAAAAAAAGAAAAAAUGGUGAUGAUAAGGAUCAUGAUAAGGAUCAUGAUGAGGAUGAAGAAUACAAUCCAGAAAAAGAGGAUGAUGGUGAAAGUGACAAUUCAGCUGAGGAAAUGGCAGUUGUUCAGAAAAAGAGGCCUGUGCAGGGACCGAGAACUCGUUCAAGAGCGAAUGCAGCUGUGGUUGAGAAGGAUUUCGAGAAGGAUUUGAGAAAAGAUGGAGUUGAAAAUGCAAAGAAAGUUGGAACUUCGAAGUCUAGGCUAGUUUUAAAACCAACCUGCAGUAAAAAUUUUCAACAGGCAAACAUGGAAGAAGCUCCUGGGUCGAUAAAUGCUUACCUAGCAAUGAGGGACCGUCAAAAACAGAACAUUGAAAUUCCAACAACACCGCACGAGGUUCCCGAACUGAACUUGGAAGAACCUGAAGCUGAAGUUGUUAAAUCAGCUCCUAGAAAGCCAAGGGGACGUACAAAAAUGGCUAAGGUUCAUGCUAGGCGUCUUGCUGAAAAGAUACCUAUAACAUUGAAUGAAGAUCAUCAACCUGUUUCCAACAAUCAAAAGAUUAUCACUGAGCUGACUAAUUUUGUGGGGUCACUUGCAAGAGAUAAUGUGUCCCUGACUUAUGUAAACUGGCAUGUAGUUUCGGACAAAUUGAAGAAGGAGUUGUGGGAAUAUACUCGAGCUAGGUAUAUUAUUCCAGAUGAAGGUCAAAAAUGGGUCUACUCUACACUUAAUGAUGCUUGGAGGGGAUACAAGAGUCGUAUGAAGACCAAGCAUUAUUCAAACCUUCCAAAUGACGAUGAGAGGAUGGCCAAAAGGCCUGAUGACAUCCCGCUAGAGGAUUUUAAAACACUUUUGAAGUUUUGGGCAGACGAGCAUGUCCAGAAAAUUGCAAGGGAUAAUACAGCAAGUCGCUGUUCAAUUAUUGAUACACACACCAUGGGUUCAAAAUCUCUAGCGCAGUUUAAACACAAGAUGAAAAUUGACGACCCAGAACAUGGCGAGCCAUCAGAUGCUAAAGUAUUUGUCAAAACCCGUGAGCGCAAGAAGGGGAAGGAGUACAAGAUAAAUACUAACACCAAUCUCAAAAAAUUGCUUAGUUCUGGACAGCAAGACGAGGCUGAUGCUUUGGUCAGUCAUGAUAAGGAGCAUGGCAGGACCUGGCUAGUAGGAAGGGGAGGCAAAGCUUCUGGAGUUAAAGAUCAUGCCCCUUCUGACCGUUAUGUGCAGGAGUUGGCCACAAAAAUAAAGCUCGAUCUUGAACAAGAAUUGGAAUCCAAGGUCAACAAGAAAGUGCAGGAGAAUAUGGCAUGGGUCCUCAAAAAACUGGGAGAUGCUAAUCCUGGGCUUAAACUGGACAUUGGAGACUAUUGUCCAGCCUCGUCAAGUGAACACGACGAAAAUGGUACACCUAUGACACAAGAUGGAGCGACUUCAUGA